AUAGAAAAUAAAAAGGCACAAAUCUUAUAUUAGGACACAUUUGUUGUCAGAAUUAGUAAGAAUAUAUGUCCUAAAAUAAAAACACAACAUAUGUAAUUAUAUUACCCCCCAUGUAAUCAACCCUCCUCACCCAGCCUUCAAAAACCGCUGAAAUCAUUUUGUUAAAAAAAAAAUCACACAUAAAAUACACAUACACACACAAACAAAUAUUAUUAAUUCCCAAACAAAUUACAGAUAAGGUUUGUUUGGCAAAGAAACCCACAAUAUAUGCAUAAAAUAGCUUCAUAGCACAAAAUAACAUAAAAUUGGAUAUUGGCCAACACAGUAUACUUCCUGUACCUUCCAUACUGUAUAAUGUUAAUGGGUUUUUUCAGUUUUUAAAAAUUCAACAGUAUUUUUCAAUUUCAAGUAUUGCUAUAUAAUCUGUCAUGUAUAUAAACAUAUGCAUAUAUGAAUCCAAGGCAGGGGUGUGUGUGUUUAAAAUUUAAUCACAUAGCUUUAUAUAUAUUUUUAACAUGUGUGACAUACCAAGAAAGAAAAAAAUGUCAGAAUUGCUCAAACCUUUAUAAUGAAUUGUAUUGUGUUUAUUUCUUUUAUUCUGUCGUCCUUCAGGAAGAGAGUGAAAUGCUGCCCCCUAUUUGUUUGGCGCACGUGGUCAGGAAUUACACAUUGUACCUUUUAAAGACAGCUCACAAAUAUGCAGUAUAAUUUCAUACAAAAAAGCUCAAUUAGAUAAAUUAAACGUGUUGUUUUUCAACAUAUAUUCCUUGUGAAUUUGGGCCAGCUGGUAAUUCAUCCUCCAGGGUUUGGUUUAAAGUGUACUAACUGAAGCUGAUGGUAUUUACUUAAUUAGUCCUUCACAGUCUGAAGGUGAACUGCUUAUAUGGUCCUGUUUGAUUGGACUGUGAGUUGAAAACAGCAGCAUGCACUGUUGUAGGGUGUGAAAAGUUUUUUCCUUUUGUCAAGCUGAGUGAAAUUCUUUAGGCCAAAGCUGUUGUAGUUUUGGUAUUGUCACUUCCUGGUUUAUUUUGUAGUAUUCUCUUUCCUGUGUCUUGUGUUUUUACUUCCUGUCUGUGUUUUCCCUCCAGUUGAUUGUUGGUCCUCCCUUGAUUGUUGGCACCUGUGUCUUGUUAUCUCACCUCCCCUAGGGUAUUUAGUCUUGGUCUUUUCUUUGUUCUGUGUUGGAUCAUUGUUGUACAUGUGGUGUGGUUCCUUGCCGAACCUUGACUCUGAGUUUAUAUUGAAUUCUUUGUUCUCCUGUGGACCUUGUUUGGAUUCUGGAUUCUUGGAUUUUGGAUUUUUGGAUUUUGCCUGCUCCCUUGUGUACUGUUUUUCUACCUUGGACUCACGCCACUGCUUUCGCCACUGCUUUCACCUCUGCUAGCCGGUAACUUAUCUGCCUUUUGUCUACCUGUACUUGUCUGCAUACCACCCCACAAUAAACACGGAAGUUCCGGCUACUUCACUUUGAGACUGCUUCCUCGUCAUCUGCUUUUGGGUCCACAUACCUCUAUAUAGCACCCCCCGCUACGACAAAAGCUUGUAAUGUCUUAUCUUUUCCUUGUAGUUGAAAUACAUUCUCUUCAUGUUCCCAGUUAAGAGCUGUUAGGAACUUUCAACACAAGCCAUUAGUUAAAGUGAAGCUCAAUUUAAUGUAUAAUUCAUUUUUGUACAUUUUCAUUUUCAAAGUAAGCCAUCCAAUAAUUCAGUUUUUAUACUAAUUAUAAGUAAGUUAAAUAACAUGUAAUUCGGACACCAUAGGCAUUAAUCUGCUUCUCUAAGAGUCAAUGAUGCUUGAACAGAACUUGUUUGUAUGACGUGUUGUCCGACCAUGUCAGAAAGUGUUUUUACCUGUUCUGAAUGGGCAGGGUGAAAAGCUGGCUGCCAUGGGGGGACCUGGCUUUGUGCACAGGGGCAUUGUCAUGUUGAAACUGUUGCCAUAAUGUUGGAAGAACACUUGUCUUAAAUAUGAUUGUAUUCUGGACCAUUUAAGAUUUCCCUUCAUUGAAACUAAUCUGCCCAAACCAGGAAAAGCAGACCCAGACCAAGAAUAGACUAAGGUAUAUGGCCAGGGCUGUCCACAGUGUAUAUCAAACAAAUACAAUUUUUCACUUCUGAGAAUCAUCCAGGACACCAUUUGUUGCCAUCAGACCAUUCUGAAUCAAGGUUCUGGAAGUCAUGGGUAGGUUUGGUGAUCCAUUUGACUCCUGAUUUGAUUACAAAGGCACAGAGCUCAAAAUACAAAGAUACCAAAUGUUGAGACUUAAAGUUCCUUCUUGACCUGAGAUUAUUUUGUCAAUGGCUGUUUCCAAGGUCAAGAAUGAGGUCCUCAAAAUGCUCACAAGAAUGCAAAGUCAAACAAUUCCUUGACAACUGGGCAUGUGCUGAUGAAGAUUAUGAUGCAAUGAUAUAUAAUAAUCUUGGAGGGGCCCUUUUCUGUGGGGUUUGACUUAAAGGUAGUUUGGAAUAUGGGAUCUCUUUGUGGGAAUUAUACAAAAUUGUCAAAGUCCCUGUUUAGAUUUCAUUCAUGGCUGAGAACCUGUGUAUGGGAUUGUUUUCCUCUUCGUUUUAUUUCAUUGUGGACAUUAAUCUACUCAUCUUUGUUUUUUAUUUGUUCAUUUUUUUUCUAGUUUGUACACCAUGUUUGUAAUGUUCACUCCUGUGACCCUGAAAUUACCUGAAGCUUCACUUGCUGCAAUGCCACAGCUUAAUAGUAACCUUUACUCUAAAACCAAGUCUUAACCCUCAAAAAGCAAGUCCCAAUGGGUCCGUGUGCAUUCAGGUUAAAGUCCCCACCGGGAUAUAAGAACAAGGAAUAAACAAACACAAAACGCUUAAAAGUUUCUGCACUUUUUUUCUCCACUUGAUACCACGUGUAGGGUUUCAACCCCCGACAGUGACAGACAGCUUUGCUGACCAAUGAAAAGGUAGGGAUUUCUCAGGUUUUUUUUUUUUUUUUUUUCGGGUCAUGGUUUAAUGGUACCAAUCUGACAUCAGUAGAGGCCGGCCCGGGCUGUGUAGGCGUGCCCUGCGCUACAAAGUCACUCCAGCCUGAAUUACUGCAACUUCUCUGACUUUAGGAAAAGUUGCGUAGUCCGCUGAGUGCUUUACAAAGCGUAUCAGUCGCCUCACAAUAAAACCACCCACCUCUUCCACUUAGUCUACCCUGCUUUGCUUUAUCAUGCAUAACAGCCAUGUUACCCAUCUGCUCCUCUCUCUUCUCUGCAUUUUAUUGACUGCCCAUUCUAAGCUGGAGACAGAUGAAGUGGUUCCCAGGCUGCUGUCCUUGCAGGAGGCACACCUGUCCUCCGACUAUACCGCCCGCACGCUGCGGCGCCGCGGUCAGCGCUCCCUGGACGCCCCGGGGGGAGGACACUCUGACCCGGUUAACAUAAUUCUGUCACUGCACGCUUUCGGAAGGAACCUGUAUUUAAAUCUGACACGAGACAACAAGUUUCUCUCAAGGGGUUUCGUGGUGGAGGAGAGGCGCAGGGACCAGAGCGCAGCGGUGAGCAACUUAACUAUGAACCAACUCUGCUUUUACUCCGGCUCCAUCAUCAAUCACACGGAUUCUCUGGCAUCAAUGAGCACCUGUGGCGGCCUGACUGGGCUCAUUCAGAUUGGGGAGGACAGCCUAUUCAUUCAGCCGUUGGGUGAAAACGACCCAUCACACUCGUUCUCUGGACUUAAACACCAGCUGCUACGGUACCGACGCUCUGCCAAGACCAGCUCUGAUCUAGAUGUUGUCCAGCUCAACUACUGUGGGACUGUACAAGGGAAGAGGAAGGAGAAGAUGUCAAAAGUGGAUGAGGAAGUUCGUGGGAAGAGAAACACCAUUCGCCUGCAUGAAACAUAUACUGUGGAGACGGUGGUGGUGGCAGACUCCGACAUGGUGCAGUACCACGGUGCCGAGGCAGCACAGAGGUUCCUGCUGACUGUCAUGAACAUGGUCUACAACAUGUUCCACCACCAGAGUCUGGGAGUCAGGAUCAACAUUCGUGUCACCAAGCUGGUGUUGCUUCACAGCCGCCCAGAAAAGCUAAAGGUGGGCCAUCAUGGAGAAAGGUCUUUAGAGAGUUUCUGUCAUUGGCAGUAUCAAGAGUUUGGGGGGCCACGAUACCUUGGCACCAACCAUGUUCCUGGUGGAAGGGAUGACAUCCCACCAGUGGACACUGCUGUGCUGGUCACCAGGACAGAUUUCUGCGUUCAUAAAGACGAACCCUGUGAUACUGUGGGUAUUGCUUAUCUGGGCGGUGUCUGCACUGCCAAGAGGAAGUGUGUGUUAGCCGAGGACAAUGGACUCAAUUUGGCCUUCACCAUUGCUCACGAGCUGGGACACAACAUGGGAAUGAGCCAUGAUGAUGACCAUGAGACCUGCACUGGUCACUCCCACAUCAUGUCUGGUGAAUGGGUGAAAGGAAGAAACCCCAGCGACCUGUCCUGGUCCUCCUGCAGCCGUGAUGACCUGGAGAACUUCCUCAGGUCCAAAGCCAGUGCCUGCCUACUGCACACAGACCCCAGGAGCCGUUACCAGGUCCGGCUUCCUCCCAAGCUGCCAGGCAUGCACUACAGUGUGGAUGAACAAUGUCAGAUCCUGUUUGGAACCAAUGCCACUUUCUGCAAUGACAUGGAGCACCUGAUGUGUGCUGGCCUGUGGUGUUUAGUAGAGGGAGAUGCAUCCUGCAAGACCAAACUGGAUCCUCCUCUGGACGGUACAGAGUGUGGAGUAGACAAGUGGUGCAGGGCAGGCGAGUGUGUCAGUAAGACUCCCAUCCCUCAGCAUGUGGAUGGUGACUGGAGUCCAUGGAGCCAGUGGAGCAUGUGCAGCAGGACCUGCGGUACUGGAGUCCAGUUCAGACAGAGGAAAUGUGACAACCCUCCCCCUGGUCCUGGUGGGCGACACUGUCAGAAGGCAAGUGUGGAGCACAAGGCCUGUGAAGGUCCUCCCUGUCCCAAAGGGGCACCCAGCUUCAGGGACCUGCAGUGUCUAUCCUACGACCGACAUGCCAGUAAGAAGAAGGGUAGCAUGCUGACUGCUAUUAUUAAUGAUGAAAAGCCGUGUGUGUUGUUCUGCAGCCCGGUGGGUCGAGAUGCCCCAGUCCUGAUGGCUGACAGAGUGAUGGAUGGGACGCCCUGUGGACCAUACGAGGCCGACCUGUGUGUUAACGGGAGGUGUCAGAAAAUUGGCUGUGACGGCAUCAUCGGCUCUUUAGCCAAAGAGGACCGCUGCGGUGUUUGUAAUGGAGAUGGGCGUUCCUGUAAGAUAGUGAGAGGAGACUUCAACCACAGCAAAGGAAUGGGCUACAUCGAGGCUGUGAUUAUCCCUGCAGGAGCCAGGAGGAUCAAGGUUGUGGAGGACAAACCCUCCCAUAGCUUUCUAGCCCUAAAAGACUCCAGUAAGAGGUCCAUCAACAGCGACUGGAAGAUUGAGCUUCCAGGAGAGUUUGAGCUGGCUGGGACCACUGUGCGCUACGUGAGAAGGGGACUGUGGGAGAAGAUGUCUGCCAAGGGACCCACUAAGACCCCUUUACACCUGAUGGUGCUGCUCUUUCAUGACCAGAGCUAUGGGAUCCACUAUGAAUACACAGUGUCUCUAAACACAACUCAGGACAGGAGCAAUGAGGAGCAGAGGGAACCAGAGUAUCUCUACAUCUGGACACACAGCAGCUGGCAGGACUGUACUGUCCAAUGUGGAGGAGGUGAGAGGAGGACAGUGGUUUCCUGUUUGAGGAUAGCCAAUAAAACCAUGGAAGUGGUCAACGAUAGCUACUGUCAACCUGAGAACCGACCACACCCCCAAGUACGACUCUGCAACUCUCACCCCUGCCAGUACCGGUGGGUGACAGGAGAGUGGGGAUCCUGCUCCGUCACAUGUGGUAAAGGUGUUCAGCAGAGGAAGGUGGUUUGUGUUUACCACCUACAGAAUGGCUCACUCAUCCACACCAGGGACCUGUACUGCCAAGGAGGAAAACCUCCUGUUCUGCAAGGCUGUGAGGGCCGCCUCUGCCUCACUGUGUGGGAGGCUUCAGAGUGGUCCCAGUGUUCAUCAGACUGUGGUCAAGGUGUUCACAAACGGACGGUGUCGUGUACAAAUCCUCAGGGUCUAUGUGAUCCUCUGUCCCAGCCCACUCAAGAGGAACCCUGUGAGGAUCACUCCAAAUGUUACGAAUGGAAGACUGGAGACUGGUCCAAGAUUAAGGCCAGUCUUUUGACCGCAAGAGAGAUUUAUUCUUCUAUUUCUUCACUGGCUGAACCUCACCCUACCUUUUGAGUAGAUGUUUCAGUCAAUCAUGCUGCUGCCACAAAACAACCAGUCAGCAACUGGACUGGCUGUACUGACACCUGCCAAUGGCUCCCAUUGUCUUCUUAUUUUGGAUAAGAGACACUGGAUAUUUCAUUUCCUCCACUAUGUCACUAUACAAUACAAUCUCAUUCAAGUUUUAGUCUUUACACCUACAGUGUUAAAUUCUAACAAUCUACAUAUGUUUACCAGUGCCUUUAGUUAUCUAAAUGUCCAGAGACUGUAACCAGCUGAGUAUCCUGUUCCACUGAGAAACAGCUCGUAUUCCUUCAGUUCAAGAAUUAUUUUCUUGCUAUCAGUGUCAGCUGGCAAAAAACAUAAUAAAGUGAAACCCUUCUGAUGACUGUUCCUGGCGUUCUUGCUCUUCAGUCACAGAAUCCCUCUGUAGUGGUGAAAAGAAAAGAUUCCUCAUGCAAGCAGGGAAACAUGCCCUCCUCCUCUCCAGCCUGUUGAAAGAGCCCUGAAAUCUACUAACAGGGUAUUGCUAUUGCAACCGAUUGGGACUCAGUGCCUUGCUCAAGUUUACCUUGACAGCAGUGGAGAGAGAAAUAUGUUGAAUGAGUUGAUUAAUAGUAGCACAUUUUCCAGUCUAUCAGUAGAUUUAAGCAUGUGAUCAUCAGUUCCAAUUCUUUGACCUUUGGACCUCCACUGUCCAUCAGACUGCUUCACCUCUCAUUAUCACUUCUGUGUGUCUGUGGGGAAACAGCUAAACUCAUUUGAGAGUAUAAUGAUGCUUGGCAAAUUGUUGUGAGUUGUUGACACCCUGUGAGCUCUAUUACACUGCUGGUAUCACAGUAUUUGUAAAUUUGAUGACAUUUUCUGAUCUGGAAAGUCAUGUCUGACUAACAGAAAAAGAAGCUACAGCAGCCUCACUACACAACACUGCCAUGAAAGGCUGGAACACUUCUGUCAUUGCUUCAAUACGUGGAUUUGAAUUAUGGUAAUUCAACUGCUUUAAUUUAUUAAUAUAAAUAAUUGGAUCAGUGUGUCUUGUUGCUAUAGUCUGAGUAGGUGUAUACAUCAGUCAUUCAAAUUUGGUUGCAAUUGCAAAAUGCAUUUACAUUAUGGUAGUCAUUUUAGGCCAGUCCUAGAAAAAUUUGGCCACCAACUAGGAAAAUAAUGAGGCAUAUCAUUAAAAAAGAAAAAAAAAACUUUUAUCAGGUAUGAAAUUUAGAUGAAAUGUUUAGGGGAAGUGUUAAAAAACAGACAAGGACAGUAUGUUUUGAUGAUUGGGAUGGGGUCUAUACUGUAAUAUGUCUUUUACAUUACAUUUUUUUGAACUAAGAAAUCCAAGAUUUUGCUUCUAUGCCUCAUAGUUCAGGUGUUGGCAUCAUCCAUACCAAAAAACUUAUUUCCUGGCCCAUGGUCCAACUUUCCACCUAACAUAACCUUCUUGGUAGAGGUAAUAAUGCAAUCUAAUACAAAGCCACCUCAAAGUACAUAAUUCUGUACAUAAUUUCUACCUUGUAGAAACAAUUUAUUACACAAAUUAUUGCACACUAAGUUAAUAGUUACUGAAAAAGACUGUGAUUCACAAAAUCAUUUAACUGACAGAAAGCUGUGUGUAUGUGUGUGUGUGGAAUCUUGUAUUUCUUUUUAAGAUAAUUUUGUCUAAAAGGUGUUUAGGGUCAUGUCACAUCUCACAUUAGCUGGUGUAAUGUGCAUCAGCCCUCACACAGCAGGGGGCAUAAUGACCCUGCCAACAUCCAGAGAGUCAAGACAUUCCUUUCAUGUGGGCAUUUAGCCUGAAGCUGCACUCACUCACUAAACGAAAUUCGUCAGGCGAAAAUUACUUAAGUGUUAUGGCCAAAAGCAGGUGGGACAGGAAGUAACGUGGAUAGGAUUGUAAACAUAAACAGCAUACAAGAAAUCUGACUCCAGUUUUAAGUUCCUCUCAGUGUACUUACACACAGUUCCAAGAACAAUUUACAGGAGAACAGACAUAGACAUAGAGCUAAAAACAAGGACAACAAAGAAACUGGUUGGUUGGAAAAACUACAGGGCUCCAGUCAAAAAUACAUUAUAUACAUUAUAUAUACAUUAUAAUCAUUUUAUAAUGCAUUAUACAAUGUUAUAAUGUAUUACAACUAUGAGAAUUAUAAUACACUAUGAUCAUUGCCAAAAAAAUGUCAUUGAGUGACCAGCAAUUAUGAAGUAUUAUGAUACUUGACCUUAUGAGUUGUUAUAAAAUGCUUUAUAAUGUGUUGUGUUUAUUGUUACAAAGCAUUAUGAAAAUGUAUGUGCUUAUAACUAUAAUUAUACGUUGCUAUAAGCACAGACACAUAACGCAUUAUAAGUAUGUUUAUAAUGCAUUAUAGACAUGGGCAUCUUAAAGUGUUAUUAUUAUUGUUAUAAAAUAUUAUGGAUAUUUUUGAGUGCUUAUAACUAUAAUUAUACUUUGCCAUAAGCACAGUAUAAUGCAUUAGAAAUAUGUUUAGACAUGGGCUUCACAGAAAGUGUUACCAUUGUCACUUUCACAAACUUCACCAGUGGCAGAUUAUAUCAGCUGUCCCUAAUUAACAUUAAUUCUGUGAGUAACUUGAUGAUAGGCUGGUUAAAGUGCUCCCUGCAGCCGAUGUCUGUAUGUGGACAAAGAUUGUUUGAGUGGGAAGAAAGUCCACUCUGUAACACCACUGUAUAAUUGCUAGUGUUAUAAUAGUUCCAACUAUUCCAACAGAGUGAUACAUCUUCUCUCUAGCUGAUCAUGUCAUGUCAAUUUCAGGGAUAUGAAUGAAUGAUUUCUUCUUGCUUUUCUUCAGUGAGACCAGGAGAAAACAACACUGCUUUAUCACAAGGCACACAUCUGCUUUAUUUUCUAUUUGGUACAAUGAUUACUAGCUGUUCAGUGCACCUAAUACAAAUGAUUAGCUUUAUGCUCCAGUUUUCGCCUGGAUCCAAACUACCAUGGACUGACAUCUAUAUGUACAGACUUAGUUAUAACAAACUGCUGUACAGGGUACACAAGAAUCAUUAUGUGGUGCCGUCUCCCUCUUUAUCAGCAGCAGUAAACCUAAGCUCCCUUUCCAAGAUAUUUCAUAAACGGUAAGACUGCCAGAAUAUGUAGUCCUCAUCAAGCCCCCUUGAGCAGCACUGGGCUUUUGUGGCAAUUUUGAUGUAGUGGCCACAGAAUUGAUUUUCACAAUCAGAAAUUCUAUUUUCAUAUCAAUGAUUUCUGUGCAUUAGGAAAGCUAUUAGACCAUACAAUACUUUCCCUAGCUGGAAAGAGUUAUGGAGAAGUUAGGAUAUGAUUUGUUCUUUUUUAUAUGUACUUUCAUUAGAAUAAGUAGGCCAUGUUUGCAUACCUCAUUCAGUAUACAUCUUUGUUCCCCACUGCUUUUACACAAGCAAAGUUUUCAACACUAUUUAGAUAAUACAGUUGUACCCACAGUGGCACAGGUAGACUCAAUAAUUGCCCAACCCCCUAUCUGGCCAAAUACAAACCUCCAACAUAGGUCUGAAAGUAAAAAAAAAAAAAAACAAUAAUUUACAUUUCUUAAAAAGGUAUUAAUUUGCACAUUAAAGUAUGAGAAACACCAAUCCCAUAGCAAAUUGAUUCCAUAAAUUGACAGCUUGUGCACAGGAUGGCCCUGCAGUGUACUGUUCAAAUGUCCCAAGAUGCUGCAUAUCUAUCAUGAUAAUGAUGAUGACUGAUGAAUGUGUUCAUUUGUGUGACUUUAACUGAACCUUUUUUCUGAAACUGAGCCAUUGAACUCAGUUUCCCACAAUUCUCCAGACUUCACACCUGUAUGUAAACUCUUCCACUGGACCCAGCUUCCUGUUACCAUUGGCUAGUCUGACUUGUGACCAGUGAUGUCAACAAAAACCCCAGCUCACGCCAUUGUUCUCUCUCUCCUGGCUUUGUCUCCACCACGCAGCAGGCGGCUGCUUGCUGCCCUCCGCAGCAGAACCGAACUCUCUGAUCUAUAGCAGCUCUGCAAGGCGCUAAAUCUCUGCAACCAAGUUUAGUUAGCGUAAGUGGUUACAACAUGAAGUCUGUCAGCUAACUAAGCUAACUAAACAAGCAACUGGAGCAACAAAGUAUGGAAAACAAUCAGAUAACAGAAGAUAAUCCACAAAUGUGUACCAUAAUACACAAAUAUUUCACUACCCACAAACAUGUAUUUUUUUGUGUUGGGUAAAGUCAAAUGCACAAAAAUA